AUGGACAAAAAAAAACGCAGCGGAACAUCCUCCACAUUCACGGAAGUUCCAAGCUUCAGCAAAUCCUACCUGGACCUGAGCAAUUACAGCAAAGAUAAUUACCACAAGCAAAAUUCCAUUAACAACACAAAUGAGGUCUUUGAGUUCUUUACUAGCAUAACCAACAACCAGAAGGACAUAAGCAAAAAGUAUGAGCAGUUAUUUUCCUUAAUUAAAAAGUUUGGGAAGGAAAUUAAAUACCUACUAGCCAAAAAUGACGAGUACAGUGGUAUCCUUAUUGACACCAAGGAAUGCGUGAAAAGGAUAAAGGCCAAACUUAGUGGCGAUUCGUGCGAGGAGUUUGAGAGUAUAGAGGAGGAACUGCUGAAAGACAAAAACAACAUUGAUGUCAUAAGCAAAAUAUUGACCUACCUCUGGGAAGAAAUAGGAUACUACAACAAAAACUCAAGUGAGUGGAAUAAAAAAAUUGAGGAAUUAAAAAAGUACAUCGGAAGCAAAGAUGAAUUCAUAAAACUAGAAAGGAAACUAACCCUAACAAGUGAAGAACUGAAAAAGGAAAUGAUCGAUAAUAUGAGUUCUCUUAAGGAACAACAAGAUUUGAAAAUUAAAAUUAAGGAAGAGAGAAAUAUUUACAGAAAGGAUAUCCAAAAUGUGCACGAGAAAAUUCUGUAUGUCAUUUUAAAAUUUCUGUUACGAGAUAAAAGGUGUAAAACUCAGAAAUAUUUUUUUCAUUUCUGGUUGAAUACAACUAGAAGGAAGAAAGAAGCGACGAAGCAAAUGAUAUCACACCUUGGGAAAAAGGUGCAGUGUCUAUUAUUCUUUUGCUUCAGAAAGUUAAAGAGCAAUUCGUUCGAAGGGCAUUUAAUUGAUAAGGUUAUGGGCCUGGUUGAUUUCCCGCUUCAUGGGAACGGUGGCCACGGCAGCUCGCAAAGGGGAGUCCCGAGUAAAGCAGGGCGCGAUUACGAUUAUAACGGCAAUACCAAUGAGGGCGGCAAUCAAUACAGCAGCCGUAAUCAGUACAGCAGCGGCAAUCACGAAAACAGUCGAAAUACCUUGUCUAGCAUACCGCAGGAGAGAAACAAAAGCAGCGUAUUCUCCAACCUAGUGAACAGCGACAAAAUCCGAGAAGGGGAUAACAUGUCUCCCAUUACUUAUGACCACCUUAAUAGUGUAUCGCGGAAGCGAAGCGAAUCGAUGCUUUUUUACAAGAAGGAAAAUAGCUCUGUAACGCAAAAAAGUGAUGUAGCGACAAAUUUGUAUGACCAGUCUGGGGAUUUCUUAUCCGGGAAGAGGGGCACCCAGCGGAUAGGAAACGAUAGCGAGGAUGGCGACAGGGAUGGCGGCAACGACGCCCGCAGGGACAGUCGCAUCGGCUCGAAUGGCUUAUACGAAAAGAACGGCUCAUAUGAAAAGAAUGCCUCAUACGACAGGAACACCGCUCACGAUAGGAACUCCGCUUACCAGAAGAACAGUCUGUGCGUGCCAAACCAUGAGGUGCAGGAAUACCCCAGCAGGGAGUCGAACCACCACGCUGAAAAGAUGUAUGAUAAUUUAGCCCGCCAAAUGAAUGAUAAGGCGGACAAGAAAAGCGUAGAAAUGAUACAUCAAACAAUAAAAAAAUUGAAUAAUAAAAUUAAUGACAUCAGGGAUACAUUGGACAAGAAAAACAAAAUAAUGACCAAUGACGACAUGCACAAAAAUGUCCCAUAUGAUAAGUCUUCUCAAAAUUAUAAAAACCACUCAAAUAGAAAGCACUCUGAUCUGGAUUGUAACGUGUCUUUAGCCAACAGUUCGUUAAACUUUCCGUCCGAAAGAACGUUAAGUGAAUAUUUAAUAAAUAAGAACAAGUCCAGAAAUACAAACACUGAUGAGUUGAACCGGGGAAAGGGAUUGAGGAAGCAAAGUGAACACUUCCAAAAAAUGAGUGAAUAUAAUAACUGCGAAAAGAAAUAUGAUAAUCAUGCACACAAGAAGAGCUAUGAAAAUAUGGAAAAGUGGAACCUAAAUAACGAUAAAUAUUCCAACAGUAAUUCUAUGGAUAUGACAAGUGUUGACGAUAGUUACCUUUACCAGAGGUACUCCAAAAGCACCGCUCGCAGUGGUUCUCAUCUGAAGAGUGAUGCCAGCGGUCUCGGUGGUGGUCACGGUAGCAACAUAGGAAGCGGCAUCGGAGGAGGCCAAUACAGCGCCGCGUGCAGCAACAAGGGGGAAAACAAGCGUGGCGGCAGGGGGAACUCAACAGUUGAAGCCAGACUCGAGUCCAGACGAGACUCCAAGCAUGAUUCCAAACGUGACGACAAAAACGACGGCAGAGAGGCGAAGGGUACGCACAGUACGCACCGCGCGAUGAGCAACAGACGGGACUUUAUCGAAAAUAGCAAUGCGAGCUCUUCCCCGUCGGACAUUAAGCUUAUUCUCAGGACUGGGGGAGGCUUUCGAAAACUAAGUGAGCAAUGUCAAAAAAAUUAUAUAGAAAAAUUGAACUACCUGAAUGAUAACAAUUUGUUGGGUUACGAAACGAACCUGAACAUAAAAAUAAAAGGACACCCAUUUAUACAUAAUGUGCCCAACGGCCAACAAAAGGAGCAUAAAAAGGAAAAAAGACACAGAUCGCUUUCUAAGUUUUAUAAUAUGCAUUAA